AUGGGAGGAGGAUGGGCGGAGCUGGAGAAUGGCGGCGGCGGGGGGCUGUGGGAGGGGGUGCAUUACCCGCGGCUGGUGGGGAUUGGGGGGAUCAUGAUGUGCAUCACGGCCGCCGCCGUGAUCAGCGGGAUCGGGAUGCCCUACCUCCCCUACCUGUGGCCGGAUCUGGGGGUGCUGUUCACUCAGAAGAAGAAAUCGAGUGGGAGGAGGCCGGUGCGCGUGUACAUGGAUGGGUGCUUUGACCUGAUGCAUUACGGCCACGCGAACGCCCUGCGGCAGGCCAAGGCCCUCGGGGACGAGCUCGUGGUCGGGAUCGUCGGGGACGAGGAGAUCAUCGCCAACAAGGGGCCUCCUGUCUUGUCCAUGGAGGAGAGGUAGGUGCCCUGCCAUGGAGAGAAUUUCGCUGCGGACUGCCCGUUCUUUACUUGCCUUUUGCCAUGCCCCCUCUCCAAAGAUCUGAAUCUGUCCAGACCGUUGAAAACUGGUAAGAAAGUUUACCCGAACCUUCAUUGCUUCGGGGACGGGCCCUCAGAAUGGUAUUCCCGACGAUUUGGACCGAUAUCUGAGAUGGGCAGAAUUAAGGACAAUCCGUACGAUUCGCUGUUUCCGUUUGUGGUUGCUUACUAGAGAAUCUUGUUUUGAAGUAGAAGUAGCUUUGUUUUCGACCGAUUUCCUGAUUUUCACAGUUCAUCCCGUCCUCCAUCCCCAACCCCCCCCCACCAAAAAAAGAAGAAGAAGGAAGCGUCUUAUUUGAAUGCAGAGGGGCUCACGAGGGGCACCACCCUCUUUGCCGUCGUUUCCCAACCAACCAAGGAACAUAACUCAUGAAAAUUUGUUUUCGCUUGCUUUUUUCCGUCUUUUUCAAUUUCCACGGACUUACAGCAGUUUCCGUUCAUCUGGAAUCCAAGCACCGCAUAAUUCGUCCCAAUUUUUUUUGCAGGGUUCUCCUUGUCAGUGGGUUAAAGUGGGUGGAUGAGGUCAUCACCAACGUUCCUUACGCGAUCAAUGAGAAGUUCAUGAAUGUACUCUUUAAUGACUACAAAAUCGACUACAUCAUUCAUGGAGAUGACCCUUGCUUGCUCCCUGAUGGAACUGAUGCAUAUGCUUUGGCGAAAAGGGCAGGGCGAUACAAAGAAAUCAAGCGGACUGAGGGUGUCUCCAGCACUGAUAUUGUUGGUACUCCUCUUCUCUGACAUUGACUACAUCAUAAAAAAAAAAUAUUUCCCAACCUUUAUUAGCACUCUACUCCAGACAACUUUUCUUUUGGUAUCCGAAAUUGCAUUUAGUUCUGAAGCCCCUUAGACAGAGUUAUUGAAUUAUAGUUUCAGUGGAUGAUAUGGGUUACUAAUUAUGAUGUGAAUCUUGAUCUCGUAAAAGUUAUAUUUGGUAACAUCUAUACAUCUAUGUCCAUGUAUAUGUAUAUAUGUACAUACACAAAUACCAUCUUCUUGGUGAUGUCACAAUGAUAUUAUAUCAAAGACCUUUGUGUUUCAUCAUUUGCGAGCGUGUUUAUUUAUUUAGUCAUCAUCACCUUGCUUUUUCUGACAUUAACAAUUACCUGUUUUUGGUUGGCUCAUUCUUGUUUUUGAUUCGGUGAAUGUCACCAGAAAUUCUUAGCUAUUAACUUCUUGUUCUAUUUAUAGGUAGGAUACUUAGCAAUAUGAAGAAUAUGGAUCCCGAUCGUAAGAAGAAUAAUGCAUCCACCCACGAAAGACUGCAGGACAAAGAUGAUACUGGUUUUGAAGGGAAUGAUGCCAAUGGGGAACAAGUGCCGUAUUUCCUUCCCACCUCACGAAGGAUCGUGCAAUUUUCAAACGGAAAGGUAAUCCUUGUAUGCCUUGCUGUCAAAAUGCCACAGCUAGGAGACUCAUAACGUCAAUUUGUGUAUCUAAAGGUAAACUUACAUGUAAAAUCAAUAAAUUUUUACACUCAACCAUACCUUUGAGGAAGCUUGGACAUGUGUAAUUUUUUUUAUCUUGCUGUGAAAUGCUAUAUAUGGCUUAGCGAUUAACCUCUUUCUUACAUUUCCCCUUGAAUGGCAGGGUCCUGGACCAAAUGCCCGUGUGGUAUACAUUGAUGGUGCAUUUGAUCUUUUUCAUGCUGGCCAUGUUGAGGUGUGACGUCCUGAAACUCCUAUAUCUGUGGUAGCUCUCGGUCAGCUAGGAAUUCUGCAUUUAUGUUGUCUGUUUUGGUCUUUGAACUGUUUCCGAAUAGGAAUAAAAUUAGCCAAUUAUUUAUAUAAUUAUGACUUCAUUGUUUGCAGUUCAUUUUCGGCAUUUUUUUGUUCAUGUUGAUUUAUGAAUUAAAGCAGAGAAAUUAUCUAAUGAGCUUUCUUUGCAAUGAUCAGAACCCAUUUUUCUCUGCGUUACACCUGUCUAAUCCACUUCUAUGAUCACAAACCCACACUCAGCCUCAUUGGCCAUUUAGCAAGAACGUCUAAUUGCCAAAUCAGGAAUAUUACGGACACAGAUGAAUUAUACUGGGAUUAUGCAGUAUUGCCAAACGUAACUACAGAUGUAAUACGAAUUUUAUCAUUUGAAUGAUGAUGAGAGGGCUGAUUAGACUGGGAAGAUUUUGUGUAUCAUAUAUAACCGGGUUAUUCAAAGAGUAAGUAAACUUUUUUCCAGUGUAGUAUGGGAUAGCAUCCUCUUCUUGCGUCAUGCUAUGUAAUGGAAUAUUUUUAUCCUUCGCAUUAUUUUUAUUCAUAUUUUAUUUUCUAGAAAGAUAAUAGUGUUUGGCAUUAGUCCAAAAGGCUGAAGUCGAUUUAUUUCUUUUUUUUUCUUUAUCAGAUUUUAAGGAUUGCUAGGCAGUUUGGAGACUUCUUGCUCGUAGGUGUCCAUGCUGACCAAACUGUGAGGUAUAUCAGUCGUCCUUAUCACGACAAUCUGUCUGGGAUAUCUACUAACAAUAUCUUAUGUUUUUCGUCAAGUUCUUAUAAGGAUUAUAGAUUCACAAACGUGUCUCAAGCUUUGUAUGUUGAAAUAAACCCAUUUUUUAAUAAAUAUCCACCUCGAAGGAACUAAAUUUUUGCCAGAAUGUCCUCUACACUCUUUUGUGAUGUUUUUUUUUCGAAUUAAAAUUUAUUGACGUCAGGUAUAUUUUGAUGCAAAAUGCCAUCCGCAUUUCACAGGCGCAUGCAUGUUUUUGGCCGAUUGGAGGCGUGCAUGGUACAGCAUCUCUCUCUUCAUCCUCUUCUUAAGACUCCGGAAGAUUAAUGCCAUUAACUACAAUACUUUAAUUUGAUCAUUGAUUUCUAUGACCGUAACAUUCUUUGGUUUUAUGCGAAUUACUUUAUCUCAUUUGUUACUUAGAAUCAGUUUUUUAAUAAUCAAAAGUGGGCAUAAGCAGCUACUUCCCCAAAGGCAAGGAGUUGCCUUAAAAAACCUUGUCUAAGAGAAAUGAAAGUUUGAAUUUCGUUAUCUGAAAAAAAUAAAUAAGCUCGUGUGGCCAGCUCCAUUUGAAUCAGCGGUGUCCAGUUGGGUGAUUUAUGCAUAUUUAUUAUGGGUGAUAUGAUUUGCCAACUUUAUUUUCAGGGAAAACAAAGGAACUCAUCCGAUAAUGCAUCUCCACGAGCGUAGCCUCUCGGUGCUUGCAUGUCGAUACGUUGAUGAAGUAAUAAUUGGAGCACCUUGGGAAGUCACAAAAGAUAUGGUAGGUAAUGUAGGACUACAUAAGUUUCAUCUACACCACUAUAUAUAUAUAUAUAUAUUUCUUUAUUUAUAUAUUACGAUUUCACCAGCCGUCUAUGAAAUUUUAUGGGGGCAAGCUUCUUUGGUUCAUACCUAAUUAAUUGGCCCAAACCAGCAAGGUUUAGUAGAUGCCAUGGUCCACUCGCCCUGAAUUAAGGCAGCUGUUUAUCAGCAUUCCAUAGGUCUUGAAAAUAACUCGUCUCAUGUGUAAUCAUACCAAUAGUCCUACUGUUUGUUUUCUGCGGACAAUCUUUGUGGGCAUGCGCAAUGCAAUUUUUGAUGGUUUCAUUGAUUUCCUUUUCGGGAAGAAUAUUAUUUCAAAGUAUUUCAUUUUUCAAAAUGUUUCGUCUGCAAUAUAGAUAGCUUUUCGGUUUUUAUUAAGACUAUUGCUAACCAUUUUUUUCGGGUAAAUGUCACAGAUCAUGACGUUCAACAUAUCGACAGUCGUCCGUGGGACCAUUGCAGAAGGGAGCUGCGUGAGUCGCUCGCCUCACCUCACCUCUUUCAUUUCCCAUGCUCUUUCUUCUCUGCUGCUUCCACCUGAUCUCUUGCGUUGACUUGUCUGAACUCAGCAUGGAGAAGACCCUUACACGGUGCCCAAGAGCCUGGGAAUAUUCCGGACAAUUGAGAGCCCCAGGGACACAAGCAGCCUGUCCAUAGCCAGGAGAAUCAUAGACAACCACGAAGCCUACAAGGUGAGUCCUCCUCCCCCGGGGCGCCAUCGGAUUGUCUCUUCUUGAGAGCGACCCACUUGGUUGACUUUGGGCGGUGGCUUGUGUGUGCAGAAGAGGAACGAGAAGAAGGGGGAGAGCGAGAAGAAGUACUACGCACAGAAGAAGUAUGUCUCCGGGGACUGA